AUGUCUUCGCCGGACCCGCCCACCUACCUGACGUCGAUCCAGAACAACAUCCGCGCCCGCCCCAUCUCAUGGGAAGGCGCCGUGCGCGCAAAGACCAUCACCGAUGCCGACCUCAAGAAGAUCAAGUCCAUCGACAAGGUCCGCAAGGAGCAGCGCAAGCAGACCAUCGAGGCAGACGUAGAUAGCUUUGUUACCCUGCUUGUCGGCGGCAAUGGCUCCCAGAGCAUCUUCGAGGCAGCCGCCAAGCGCCAGGACAUCAUCCACUACAUGCUCGUCCUGCUGGGUGAUAUGAUUGAUGAUAUUCCCGCCUUGACAUCGGCCCUGGCCCGGCAUCCGGCCCCCUACAAGCCAUUCCUCCCGCUUCUCAAAGCCUCGUCCAGCAACGAAGACCCUGUGCCGCUGCUUACUUCGUCGGUGUUGUCUGGUCUGCUGUCACACGCUGUCACACAAUCUUCCAAGACUACACCCCAGCUUGACGAGGCCCUCGCUCAACUCUUCUCCUACCUCUCGACACUGGCAAAAGCCUCCGACGCCGGCCUGCAGGACAUUGCCGUGCGCCAAUACUCUGCUGUGCUGCGCAGUAAGCGCUCUAGGCACAUCUUCUGGGAGCAUAGGAAAGAGACGUUGAACCCUCUAUUUGACAUUUUGCGCACCGCUGCGGGAUCCGCAAAGGAUACGGACUCGACCCUAUACAGCGCUGGCGCCAGUAUCCGCAGCACAGCUGAUGGCGCCAUCUCAGGUGGUGUUGGCCUCCAACUGCUCUACCACGUACUUCUCGUUAUCUGGCAGCUCAGUUUUGAGGGCGAGCUCGUUGGAGAGGGUCUUCAAGAUGAACACGACAUUGUCAUUCUCUACACACAGCUCCUCAAGGUCUCUCCCAAGGAGAAGACUACGCGCCUGCUCCUUUCUACGCUUGUCAAUCUCUUAACCACAAACCGUCAGACUUUGCUUCCUACCGCCGUCCUGGCUCGCCUGCCUUCUCUCCUUACAAGCCUGAAGUCACGUCAUUUGACCGACGAGGAUGCACUCGAGGAUUUGCAGACUCUAAACGAGCUGCUCGAUGAGUACACCAAGACUCAAACCACAUUUGACGAAUACGCAGCCGAGCUCCACUCCGGUCACCUUCGUUGGUCUCCGCCUCAUCGCAACCCUACUUUCUGGCGAGACAAUGCACGUCGCAUAUUGGAAGAGAACAAGGGCGAACUACCCAAGAAGCUUGCAGAGAUUUUGUCAAAGAGCUGGGAAACUGACAAGCAGGUAUUGGCAAUUGGAUGCAAUGAUGUUGCAUACUUGGUUAAGGAGGUGCCGGAGAAGCGACAGCAGCUUGAGAAGUUGGGCUUGAAGGGCAGAGUUAUGGAGCUGAUGCAAGAGGCGGAUGAAAGUGUGCGAUGGGAGAGUUUGAGAGCUGUUGGCGAGUGGCUUCGGUACAGCUUCGAGUCCAAGACGGAGUUGCCCGUCAGGUAA